AUGUCACACCACUGCCACGACGAGCACGCCGGGCACGGCGGCCACGACCACCACGAGCACGACCACUCGGACGACAUCACGCCGGCGCUGCAGUCGUCGCUGUACGAGCAAAUCAACUUUGACGAGAUUACGACGCUCAACGAGUCGCGCAGGGACGCAGGCAAGGCGGUCGUCAAGAAGACGUGGGCUGAGAGGCUGAGCGCCGAGCCGGAGCUGGAGAGCGAUGCGGACGAGCAGCUCCUCAUGACGGUCUUCACCGAGCAGAUCAAACUUCACUCCAUCCUCCUCCGCACCUCGCCGUCCGCCUCGGCGCCUCGCACGCUGCACCUGUACAUCAACCGCGCAGACCUAGACUUCUCGUCCGCCGAGGAGCUCGAGCCCGUGCAGAAGCUGGAGCUCUCGCAGACGUCGGACGUGCAGGAGAUCCCCGUGAAGCGCGCCCUCUUCGGCAAGGUGCAGCGGCUGGGGCUCUUCUUCGUGGACAACUUUGGCGACGGCGACGAGGACGUGUCGCGCGUGAGCUACGUAGGCUUCAAGGGCGAGUGGACGCGUCUCGGGCGCGCGCCGACGAAUAUCCUGUACGAGGCGGCGCCGCAGCCGGGCGACCACAAGCUCAAGGGGACGAGCAUCAAUAAGAUGGGGAGCGACAUUGGCGGGAGGGGACACGGGAUGUGA